AUGAAGCCCUUGGCUAUUGCGAUGAUUUCGGAUUUCUUCCACCCAAACGUUGGCGGAGUGGAGAACCACAUCUAUAUGCUGAGCGCGAAACUCAUACGCCGUGGCCACAAGGCGAGCGCUUAUUUUGAUAUUCACGGCGUCAUUGUGAUAACGCACGCUCACCCCAAAGGUCGCGUAGGGAUUCGAUGGCUAUUGCCGUCGCUCAAGGUCUACUACUUGCCGUUCAUUCCGAUCGCAUCGUCUGCAACGUUGCCCAACUUUUUCACUUCUCUGCCCUAUUUGCGGACUAUUCUGCUCAGGGAGCGCAUUCAGCUUAUCCAUGCGCACGCAUCGCUGUCCUCCAUCGGUCAUGAAGGGAUUCUGCAUUCACAUUUGAUGGGCAUUCGAACAGUCUUCACGGACCACAGUCUGUUUGGCUUUGACGAUGCGGCCAGUAUUCUCACCAACAAGUUGUUGGUCGGCAACUUGAGAAACGUGGAUGCAGUUAUUUGCGUCUCACACACUGGACGAGAAAACACGGUCCUUCGGGCUCAACUUUUCGAAGCGGACAAAAAUGACCAUACCAAGCUCGCAAUGAGACGGAACGUCUAUGUCAUCCCGAACGCUCUGGUCGCUGAGAAGUUCCGCCCUUGUCCGCCUCCUCCGUCGAAUACCAUUACCAUCGUUGUACUCUCCCGCCUUGCGUACCGAAAGGGCAUCGAUCUCCUCGUGGCAACAGCCCCGCGCAUCUGCGCUCUCUUCCCCAACGUCAACUUUGUCGUGGGUGGAGAUGGCCCAAAGCUCAUAGAUCUUCUCCAAAUGCGGGAGAAAUACAGGCUGCAAGACCGCAUCGAGCUGCUGGGAGCCGUCAAGCACAACGACGUUCGAAGUGUCCUUUCCAGAGGGUCCAUUUUCAUGAACACUUCAUUGACAGAGUCAUUUGGAAUUGCGAUUCUCGAGGCCGCUUGUGCGGGUCUCUACGUCGUUUCCACUCGAGUCGGAGGUGUACCCGAGAUUCUACCAGAGGAUAUGAUCAGCUUCGCAGAUCCCGAUGAAGAUGAUGUGGUUCGUGCAAUUGCGGAAGCCGUGGAAAUCGUCUCAGCAGGCAAGCACGACCCGUUUGAAGCCCACGAACGCAUCAAAACCUUUUACGACUGGGAUUCAGUGGCGGUUCGAACGGAAAGGGUGUACGACGCCGUCAUGAAGUCGCCUCAGAUGGACCUUGUGGAGCGUAUGCAAAGAACGAUGGGGCUAGGUCGCUUCGCAGGUCCCAUCUGGACGAUAAUUCUGAUCGUCGACUGCAUGUUCUUCAUGUUCCUGGAAUGGUGGUUGCCGCGUGAAGAUCUGGAUUAUGUCGAGGUUGAGUGGGACAGUGAUAGGUUUGCCCAGGUCGUUGAGGAAGAGGAACAGUCGCGGCAGGCAUCUCCCAAUGGACACCCCACUAUUUCUACAACAUGA